UGUAAGGGAAGGAUGGGUCCCAUCCCCCCCCAACCCCUCCCUGCCUCCCAGCAGGGAGGGAAAGCCAGGCAAGGUCCGGCCAGAGGAUCUGCUUUGAUCCUCCUAUCACCGUGCCGGCCCACAUGUUACAGUUGUGUGUGUGUGUCGGAGGAGGGGCGUGUGUGCACGCUGCUGGGCAGGACUGAGCAGGGUUUAAAAGGCCCGGCGCAGCUGCACUCGGUCUCUUCUUCUUGUGUGCAUCGCCCGGAGAACAUCACCCCCCUGGACAACGAGCAUUUAAACCUGGCUGAGUAUAUCAACCCCUACUAUCCCACCAACGAAUCCCAUUAACCCCUACUGCUAUCCCACCAACGAAUCCCAUCCAUUCAUACCCCUGCUAUCCCACCAACGAUCCCACUAACUCCCAUUCCCAUCAAACCCCUACUCCACUAACCCCUACUGAUCAAACCCCUAUUAUCCCACCAACGAUCCCUAUCCCCUGUACCCCAACUCCCUUUUGUUGGUUCAGGGAAAGUUUAGCACCAGGAAGGGCGGGCAAUUAUAACGUGUGUGAUUGUGUAUGUGUAGUUAGAUUGUGGGUGAAUUUUGGGAAUUGUUAGUGUAAAUGAGGAUUGUUUCAUUUAGUUGUUUUAUGUUGUGUAAUUGGUAUAUCUGCAUUAGAGGUAGUUACUGUUUUUAUUGUUGAGUGUCGUAUUAAAUAUAUUGUGUUAUUUGUAACUUCUGUGUUGUGUUUAUUAUUAUGGUAAGUAGAGUGGUAAGCACACGCAGAUAGUUAGUAAAGUACAGUAUAUAGCGUACAUAGUGAAAGGCCAAUUAAGAGUAGUUCUUUAAGGAAUAAAUAGGCGGAGUUAAGUAUCGAACAUCUGCAUAAACAGCGAUAACGGAUACACCCCCUUAACAUUGGCGAGCCAGCGGCCCCUGCAUAUAGCGUUAUUUCUGCGUUCGGUUUUGAGGCUAGGGAUCGGUUAUACUGUGAUUAUCAGGCGGUAGAGACAAUGUUGAAUGUCUGCCCUGAUAAUUCGGACAGGUAACGCGAGUUAUAGUGUAGUACCAAACGUAAAUCACGCUUAAGCAGAGAAUCUAUAAUCUAUCUGUUACUAAAAUUUUUUAUUUAUUUUUGAUUACCUUUCACGGACGCGUACGCAUUGCUGAAAGGAAAAAUCACGUCACGAGAAGAGAUCCAUCGUUAUCGGAGCAGGAUAAAAGUCUAGUCUGGUAGGGAGAAAGGCGUUCCGGAAGUUAAAGGACCUUCUACAAGCAGCAAGGACAAAGGUUAGCACCGAUUGAAUGAUGACAUCUCAACCAAAAGUGAGUAUGACUUUUUCCACACUUCAACACUUGAGUAAACACAGCACUUUUAAUCCCAUAAUACCCAACGCAUACAAAUCUACUGAGCUGCUAUGGUCCCAUUUGUUGGACCAGGCAUAUGCUCAUGAUAAGAAUUGUAUCAGUAGGGGUGUCUUUAAUAAAACUAACAAACGCCUCCAAAUGUUAGCUAAAUUGGUUUACACCUUUGAGGAUAUCAUUUGGAAGCCAGAACACAUGGAGACACUAGCUAGCACUAGAAAGGCAGGGGAGGUUUCAAAUGCACUAAACUUUCAUUGCAAUUGUUGUGUAGAAAAUAUAGCAAAAAUACAUGCGCUAGAGACGCAGGUGCAAGAGAAAAUCCAGUGUACAGUGGAGAGGGGCAGGGAAAUUUGUGUGUUGGAGUCUAGGCUCUCGGACAAAGAGAGCCUCUACUCUGACAUGGACAAAGAAUUGCUCGGACUGUACACUGAAAUCAAUCAGUUGAGGAACAAUGCAGUAUCUACUGAUGCUGUGAUUGUUCAGUUGCGACAGGAUCUGGCUGCAAAAACACAAAUCAUUGCGGAUUUGCAGCAGGUAAUUGUCAAUCUGUCACGGCCUGGUGCUAAUAGCACGGUGCCCACGAAACAGGUUUGUGUUUCGGGAACGGCACAGGGGGAGACAGCGGCGUUAGCGCCAAGGUCUCCCAAUGAUCAAAUAUCCGAGGCAAUAGACACUAGGGGACAGGUGGAACGGUCGCUACAGUUCACUCCGAAACCCGGGGAGAACAGAUGGAACGGCCGCUUCCAGGAACAGGACAACAGUUGGGGACAAGAGAGUGGAUGGCCAUUUUCCACUUCCAAUCCGCCAACUCGUCCGGAUAGACAGGAAGAGGUAUAUCCUAACCAUUCCAGUAUGGAAAGGAUAAAUUUCCUGUUGCGGAUCUGCAAGGAGAUCCCAAAAUAUGAUCCUAAUGUGGAUCCGUUUACUUCAUGUGAUCUUUUUGAGGGUCAUUGUAACAAGUAUUCAGUGGCUCCUGAAUAUCGCAUGGAGUUGUUUAAACUUUGGUUACCUACACACUUUAACCAAAGGUAUGAGGUAACAGGGAGGACACAACCAAUGAAUGGACAGUAUUAUGAUAAGGAGGAAAGACUCUCCAUUCUCAUGAAACUGGCAACAGGGCAUUGGGACGUCACUCCAGAUAUUCUGUCAAAAUUCAAGCCCACUAUACAAGACGAACCUUUGUCUCUGUGUAGUCGGUUUGAAGCGAUGUACAGGAGGGUUACUAAAGAUCAGGGUAUGGGAAUCCCACAAGGCAUGGUCCGCAUGUUUGUGGAAAAGUUCCCAUAUCUUGAUACUGCAAUCAGGUUAAGCGCAGCCAGGGAAACUUCCCUUGCGGAUGCGGCCAUAAUUAUUAAGCAGUACAGACAGGAUAUACUGCACAAUAAGAAAUUUGUUAAAGUUAGGGAGCAUGUGCCAGUACACGUUAAAUCGCAAGAUGAACGGGUACCGCACAACAAAUUCACCUCAAAUGCUCGCCCCACGGCCCCGCCAUUUCAACGGACAGGGAGCAUUCGUUGCUUUUUCUGUCUACAAACCGGACAUAUGAAAAGGAAUUGGCCGCAAUGGCUAAGGAGCCGCACUAUCCCUGAGAAAACGGGCAAUAAUAAUGGUUUCAAGCUGAAACCUAAUUAUUACAACUCAUUGGAGGAACAUGUGGAUACAGACCUGGGAUAUUUACAUAGCCAAUCACCAAAACGUGUGGCUAUUGUGAAUACCCCAGAGGUUAUGGAAUCAAAUGAAUCCAUACCGAAGGAUCAGAGCAAGAACUCACAAGUAGCAGUAUGUACCUCACAGGUACCUACUGGGAGUCUGGUAGAUAUCGAUUGAAGGUUAGGGCUCCCUAAAGAGCUGGCUCCAGUAUGUCCUAUUAUACUGGAUUCUUCAGGGAGACCCCACAUUACAGCCACCAUAAAAGAUCAGGACACAAAAAUCAUGCUGGACACUGGUGUGGAAAUUUCCAUUACCAAUGUCAAACAUGAUUUACACCCCAAUAGCCCUCAGUGUGUGGUGAUCGGAUUUGAUCACCAACAAGGGGGGGUGAGGGCCCACAGAAUUGAUGAAGUAACCAUUCAGAUUGCCAGAUACAUGACUCUUAAGAUCCCAAUGUGGUACUACCCCGGCUCUGAUAACAUCAUCGGAACCGACGUGAUGACACAGAAUGGGUGGAUCCUGGAUCUGGUAAACUCUAUGGUAUGGAAGGGCCCCAAACGAUCCAAGGUGUUUGUAAUACAACGCCAGUGUUUGGGACCACCCUUGCCAGCAGUAGAUAAGGGAACUGAUAUACUCAAACACAAAUGGCCGGAUGUCUCGCAUAACACGGACCUGGAGCCUAUUGUAUAUGAGAAUCCCGAUCUGUGGGCCCAGAGGCAAAAUGACUGUGGUAGACUGGUUGGUGUUCAGGUGGACAUACAAGUUCCAGACCCUCCACCUCAACGCCAAUACAGAUUUCCAUCAGAAGCCACUCAUUCGAUCAUGGACACAGUUCAGGAACUGAAGAUUAGGGGUGUGGUCAUUGAAGGAAAUUCAAAAUGCAAUAAUCCCCUCUGGCCAGUUAAGAAGAAGGACACAAACACAUGGAGGCUUACCAUAGACCUCCGGGUCCUUAAUAAGUACACCCCUAUGUCAGCCCCUGUAGUGGCACAGACUCCCGACAUCAUGGCCAGAAUAAGUGGCAAAAGCCAUGGGUUCUCGACCUUAGAUGUUGCCAAUGGGUUCUUCUCCAUCGAAUUAACCGAGAAUUGCAGAUACAAAUUUGCCUUCACGGUGGGAGACAAACAGUACAUGUUUGCUCAGGGGUUUCAUAGCAGUCCCACAUAUUUUCACCAGGCAUUGGCAGCGGUGCUAAGUGUGUUUUCGCGGCCCGAAUGUCUGUUACAAUAUGUGGACGACUUGCUCCUGCAUACGGAAACCAUGGAGGAACACUUGGUUCUGCUGAGGGAGCUAUUGGGACUUCUGGCCAAGUCAGGACUCAAGUUGAGCCCCCACAAGGCAAAUUUGGCUAGAGCAGAGGUGACUUUCUUAGGGGUCCAAAUUUCUUUUGGAGCCAAAGGAAUCAUGGCAGCCCGUGUGGAAGCCAUGGUAAAGUUACCUAGCCCAGGCACUCUUCAGGAUUUGAGAAAAUUUCUGGGGGUAGCCAAUUUCAUGAGGGAGUUCAUAGAGGAUUUCGCUGCUAAAGCAAGACCUCUCUAUGAACUCUUACGAGGAGAAGAACCCUCAAUCGAAGGUUGGUCCGAUGCGCAGGAAGAGGCUUUUUCUGUUUUGAAAAGAGAUCUCUCCUCAGCACCUGUACUGGCUACUCCACAUCCCGAUGGAGAAAUGGCCGUACAGGCACAUGCGGGGAUGGAGUCUAUCGCAGUGGUCCUUCUACAGAAGGUAGGGUAUGAAACUUACCGCUGGGAUACCUCUCCAGGUUGCUUUCGCCUGUCGAACGGGGGUUCGAUGAGUGUGCCAAACAACUGGCAGCCAUACAUUAUGCUGUUAAGAACACUGAGCAUAUUGUAGGUUUCAGGCCACUCACCUUGCAGACUCCACAUUCUCCAUUGGCCCUUUUGCUCCAUGAUACACUACCUGGAGUCUCUCAACAGAGAUUCGGUAGGUGGAUUAUGGAUCUUAGUGGCCGGAAUCUGCAGGUGAACCACAAAGCUAAAUAUGUUCUGUCCCAGUUACUGAACACCACUGGAACCGAACAUGACUGUGGCCAACCAAUGCAAACCAGUGUACCACAGAUGUUCAGGACCAAUCGACAUCCAGAAGAUAGGGUCAUCUUUGUUGAUGGCUCUCGUUUCUACCUGGAGGGAACCUAUGUCACAGGUUUUGCUGUGCUAGAUGAGACCACAGGUACUCAGAGUCUUGUCAAGUUACCCGGUCACAUGUCAGCACAGAGAGCAGAACUGGAGGCUGUCAAGGAAGCUUUACUUCUUCAGCCCUCGGGGAAGCGAACUAUAUAUAGUGACAGUUCAUAUGUAGUUCGCUCCCUCACCCUGCACCUGGACAUAUGGAAGAGGCGAGGAUUUGUAGAAAGUCAAAACAAACCUCUGGCUCAUGUAUCGGUCCUGAAGGAACUGUGGGAUUGGGGUACGACACACACAGCAGAAGCAGCAAUCAUCAAAAUCCCGGCGCAUCAAAAAGGGGAUGAACCGUUGAUAGUGGGGAAUAACAAGGUAGAUGAGAUGGCAAAAUUAGCGGCAGUGUCUGGGACCCUUCGGGAACCAGACACUGAACAGUUACCCACACACCAGAUUGCAAUAAGAUCCCAUCUGAAGGAUGGUCCAGUGUCAUUUGAAGAGGAACAAGCCAAAGAUCCUCUUCUAAUGACACAGCUCAAAACACCUCAACAUCCUUGGUCAUUGCAACAGGGUAUUUUGUGUUAUGAUACCGGUACCCAGCAGCUUCCUCUUCCAGUGGUUCCACAACAUCUACAAGCAGAACUGACCAGAUUGAACCACCAACUCUUUGGACAUCUCGGCCGGAAUAAGCUCCUGUCUUUCUUGAAAGAUAAAUUAUUACUGGCCGGGGAUGUCCAAUACGGUAGAGGAAGUUACUCAGCAGUGUCUGGUGUGUGCUCAGGUUAACCCCAGGGCCCCAGCUCUGAAGCCGGUGUUGCAGCGGGUCCCGCCUGCAGAUGGUCCAUGGUCCGCAAUCCAAAUCGAUUUUAUUGGACCUUUACCAGCCGGUAGUCGCAAUUGUCGCUACGCACUGGUGGUAGUGGAUGUCUUCUCCAAAUGGGUAGAAGCCAUUCCCACGACCAAUGAUUCGGCGGCAACCACUGCCCGUGUCCUUUGGGAGCAGGUUCUAUCACGAUGGGGUAUCCCCAGAGUGAUAGAAUCAGACAGAGGAACUCAUUUCACGGGUAAGGUCAUGAAGGCGCUCUGUGGUCUUUUAGACAUAAAACAGAGAUUUCAUGUGCCUUACCAUCCUCAGUCAGCGGGAAUUGUGGAACGGAUGAAUCGGACCAUAAAGACACGGCUGGCUAAAGCACUACUGGAGAAAGGUUCCUCUUGGGUAACCUCUCUUCCAGCAGUACUAAUGGGCAUCCGAGCCACUGAAGCCACCAGUACCGGUAUAACCCCGUUUGAAAUAAUGACCGGACGUAAAAUGCCCUUAUGCCUACCUAAUGAACCCUUGGUUUCUGAACCCAUAAAAAAUGCCAUCGCCAGAGACCUGUUUCUCCAACAGGUUCAGCAGAACCUGAAGGAGUUACUGCCUUACGCAGCAAUACGGCUGCACAAACCGUAUCUACAGGCGGAAACGCCAAUGCCCUCUGUAGGAGAAAUGGUGAUGGUAAAGGUCUUCCGGCAUGUUGGUCCGUGGGACGCAAACUGGGAAGGUCCCUUUCGGGUCCUAGAAGUAAUGGGCAAUACCAUGUUAAAGGUACAAAGGCCAAUGACUAAUAAGAAAAAGUCGCGUAGAAGUCAGGAGGUUUUGUGGGUCCACAUCGACCAGGCCAAGGCCACCCGAGCCUCCCCAACUCAAUAACAUAAAGACACUGAGAUUUGGGUGAAAAAGGGGGAGGGUUGGGGGGGGUCGAUGUGGAAUCCAUAUUAUUUAAUACCUUGUCUCUAAUUAAACCGCAUUCAGACUCUUGCAACGCCCCUAUCCAUCAAUUGGCCGAUCCAGUAGCCCCUCAACUGUCAUCUCCAUGGAAAAUCAUCACAGGGGCAAAGUUCAUUCUUUUCACCUGGAGGUUUUCAGAGUGGAUCAUUGGGAUCACAGAUGUGGGGAGUUUAUUCAGAACCAAAUUGAUAUGAUGAAAGGAUGGAUAGAGGCGGGGCAAGAGGUUAGGAAAGACGACCCUCGACGCAGGAAAUUCAGGAGGAAGAGAGAUUUGGUAUCCAUGGGUCUUUUGGAGGUACAGAAUAGAGUACAGCUGGCUCUGGCAUGUACGCAGGUCCAAGGUGAGCUCUCGGAUAACCUUAAACAUAUUGUAUCAUCUUUGCACGGAGGCCACUUCCCAUUCAACCUCCGCCAACGGGUAAGUCCAUUUAUUUCCCAAUUUGCACUCAAUCACAUGAAUUGGUGGGUGGUCCAAUGGCACGGUUGUCGGAACCUCACUUGUACCGCCUCGUCAUUGGCACCUGUAUCUGGUCAGUUAUUACAGGGAUACAGUGCCGUCAACCUAGGGGUGGUUGUAGGUAAUAAAACAGUGUUUCAUCCUCAGCUCCCCUCGGAAGUCCUCACUUAUGAGAGAGGUCAUCCCUAUCUAGUUAAUGUGGAGGGAUGCUGGAGGAAAGAGGAUGCGAUCCUCUCUCAGGGUAAUCAGGAUCGGGUGCUUCGACACCAGUGUUGGAACUCCGAGGGGUCCUGUGAGAUGAAGACUAACCCAAUGCCGUCCUCUCAUUUGGUAUACUUAGGGCAGGGAUAUUGGUGUUGGUACCAAGGGAACAAUGCAACCUGUAUCAUUUAUGGAACUAACUGUACUGCGAGGGGAGAACUUCCUCCCGCUGUGUAUUGUACUCUUAGUCCCGUUUUAGGAUUAGAUGUCGCAGAGCAACAAGGAAGAACACCGAUCACCCCCGAAAAGAGGCUUGACAUCCGCCCGGACGUUCCUGUGAGACUCCAAAAGAUUCCUCUGGGUUUCGGCAAAGAACUUAAAAAUCUCCUUCUGAAUUUUAAUCGAGAGGAAGAAAUACUUCAGAAACUCCAUGAGUCCGAGAAGCAAGCCACCAUCCAACUUGUCCACGACCAGAACAAGAUAAAAGCAAUUGCCACUUCCUUAGAUAAAGACGCCAAGGUUUCCUGGUGGGAAAGUUUGUUUGGUUACAGCCCAAAGGCGACCUCCUUCUUCAAUCUAUUGAUCCAUCCUGUGAUAAUCCUUCUGGUUCUGGUCUUCAUUAUGUACAUGGGAUUGUGGCUGAUAUAUCGGAGAGUCAAGAGACUUGCAGGAAAAUUAAAUCGGAAUCAGACAGAAUUCCACAAAGCCACCCGUAGGAGACUCAGGGUGCAGCCUUGACAGAGUACUUAAAUUAACAAGUUUAUAAAGUUCUUGAUUUAUCGAAAGACUCCAGGCAAAGCUACCCUAAAUUCCCAAUUCUUGGAAAUGUAUAUAUAUUUCUCUAUGAGGUUUCUGGAUGCAGAUCUUUUGUUAUCCUGAAGCCCCAUGGUAUGGUGUUUAUAUAUUAUUGUUUUUUUUGUUUUUUUUUUUUGAGAGGGGUGGGUGUUGGGUGUGUAAUUAUGGGAUUGUGAGUGUGAAUGGGGACUAGAACAGGGUUUAUUAGGGGCAGGUCCCCUCCUAAACCAAGUGUAUUUGCCAAUCUCGCCCCAGGAGCAGUCAAGUUUGAACUGAAUGUCAGAUAAGUGCGGUGUUCUUUCCCGCAGUUAGAAUUUAGGUACCCUGGUAUCACAUCUGACUCCAAGUCUGAUCUGCCUUGUAAAGACCUAUCUAUCCGUCCAUGGGAGAACCCCCUCUGCAAUCAAGAUAAAGAGAAACAUGUCUGAUGGGAGUCUUGCCUACGAAAGUCCGGUUCUAACAGAGAACAGAAAGGCCAGUGUGCGAGACUACUCCAGGUUCAUUGGGGGUGGCUGACUCCUGAAGAUUGUAA